UCAACUUGACUAGCAGCAAACAGCAACAGAGAAGAUGGUGAGUAUGAAAUGGCGAAAGGGCCACCAUUUCCCACAUUUACAGCGCACGUUUAAUGCGCUCGGUGUUUGCUUACUUUAACACUCUACGUAAGGACGGCGACAAAGUGUCUCCGAGGCCUUCUCAAUCUCAAGUCCAAGAUGUUAAGCGGUGAAGCUCGAUUCCGAGAUGAAUCACCGAUCACAUGACAGCUGAGCAGUUUAGUCCCCAAAAAGUCACUAUUACAAGCUGCAGUUGCCAUUUAAAUGACUAUUUUCAUUUGAUCAUGGGUUAUCUGUUUGACAUGUUUAUUACCUCAGCAUUUUUGUAGUUUGUUUGAUUUUUGUCACGCUUGUUUAUUUUUUCCUGUUUGCAAACCAGUUAGCUAGACGGGCUAACAAGCUAAAGGUAACUUCAUCGUAGGAUGCACUUUCCUGUGCUGAAAUAAUGAGGGUUUAUCAUCCAUCGUUGUUUCAUACUGUAUCUAUCUACUUUUCUUUUUUUAUUGAUUUGUUAUAUGCAUAUUACUUUGACAGUUAAAGCUAUUAUUAUGACAAUACCACCCUCUCUACAGUCAUUCACUCAUUAUUUUUUUUACACCUGGCAGUUUGUCAUUUAGCGAAUCGUGGAUUUUUGUUAGGUGCAGGUUACAUCUACACAUAUGAUUUCUUAAAACUCCCCCAAAUUACAUCGAGCACCUUGAUUUGCUUCAGCACAUAAUAUUGCAUUUGCUCAUUCUCAGUCAAAAUUCCUGUAAUGGUCUUGUCAUCAUCACUAACCAUCAACCAUUAACAACUUGAUUCCACCACAAUGUCAUUUAAUUUUUCUUGUUUGUUGUUAAUCCAUCUAUUAUUUUCUAAUUUAAGUUUUCUCUUUUAUCCCAUCUCUUUCUUGUCUUUUGUUUUUUUUUCCCCUUUUUCUAUUUUUCGCCCUGAUCUUUGAUCACGUCUCGUGUCGUUCUCCACAUGCACAAUCUACUUUUUCCCCUAUUUCACCCGUUCCCCCCACCUCCAACCCCCACCUCUCUCUGACCAUCUUCAACCAACCAGGCUGGUCACCGGGUAAGUGUUCUUGCUCUGUGCUGGAUUCCUGUUUUCUGAUCGCUCCUCUGUCUGGCACUCUAACAGAAGAAUGGGCUGUGGAGGUCUGCCAUUUCUGCUUCUCUCAGCACAGCUCACUGCAGUUUGCACAACAAAUGCUGAACAAGUUAAAUAAUGCUUCUUUUUGUUUCCUAACAGCAGCUCUUUCCAUAAAUCUAUCGCAAAUUACUUUUAAACUACCAGCUUUGAAUAUCACUAAGUUCUUAUGUUUGAUUUCUUACAUAUUUUGUUCAGAGGAGGAUUCUUUUCAAUCAAUGAUUUAUUUUUAUUUCUCAUACUUGUAAAAGUCUUGAACUCUUGAAGUCAGACUCGGUCUUUAGCAAUAGUUUCACUCCUUUUCGCAAUAGUUUCACUCCUUUUGUAAAAACUUUUCAUCGAAGCUGAUCAUUUUUUAAAUAAUAUAUAUUUUUUAGUUGUUUUUGUCAGUCAAAUUAUGCGUCAGUUAUGCCCAGACAGAACAGACAAUUGGUCUGUGUAGAAAGGGGGCCUUCAGAAAAAACACUCUUAACAAAGGCAAACAGAGAGAAAAGGUUGAAAGGUGCCAAAUGAUACAAGAAGUGGAUUGAAAAUCAAUACCAACAGGUUUUAUGGAGGGAUCAAUCCUGUCUGGACCUCUCACUUUGGGUGGGACUGCUUAAAUUAACUACGAGUUUGUCUAAAAUAGGUUCAGGUUGUGUUGAAGAUGAAGGUGUUCACACUAAAUAUUCACAGUGAAGCUUGUAAGAAUGAUACAAACUGUUUUAGCUUUUUAUACUAUAUUUCCCUUUCUCUUUUAUCUGCCCAUAUUGAAAGUAACGAUGGGUAAUGAUGCCACUUGCAGGCUUUAUUUUCAUAAUGUACCCUUUGGGUUGUUUUCUUUCUGAGGACUCAUGAUAAACUUUCCCAUCUGUCAAGAGAGUGUCUGAAAUCCAACUGUGCAGAUUCAGUCAAGUUUUUAUGCCAUGUUUAUGUACAGAAUAUGAAAGUAACAGAAGCCAGUUUGAAUUCAGAUACUUAAUGUACUCUUUUUUUUUAAACUCACAAAUUCUUCUGAUUUGUUAGUUUAAAUGCUUUGGAUGAGCACUGUUCAUCCGCUGUACUAGAUUACAUAAAAUAUUUUUCCUGUUUUUAGAUUGACACUAAAGUAGUUAACAGUCACUAACAGAGGUGUACAGUGUGAUGGAGUAUGUGUGUGUGUGUGUGUGUGUGUGUGUGUGUGUGUGUGUUAUUUUCCACUGCGGGACUGACCAGCACUGUCCCGCAUUGCUCUGUCUUUGGCCUACUUACCCCUUGCAGUGUCCAAGGUGCUUUUACCACACAGCCUGACUUCAUUAACGGGUGACUAACUUGCGUGUGUCUGUUUUGUCUGUGCGAUGCUCCAAGUUGGUCCUGGUGUUAGGUGAUCUGCACAUCCCCCACCGGUGCAACACGCUGCCAGCCAAGUUUAAGAAGCUGUUGGUCCCCGGGAAAAUCCAGCACAUCCUCUGCACGGGCAACCUUUGCACCAAGGAGAGCUAUGACUACCUGAAAACUCUAGCAGGGGAUGUCCAUAUAGUCAGGGGAGACUUUGAUGAGAACCUGAACUACCCGGAGCAGAAGGUGGUAACAGUAGGCCAGUUCAAGAUUGGCCUCAUCCACGGCCACCAGGUGAUCCCCUGGGGUGACAUGGCCAGCCUGGCGCUGCUCCAGAGACAGCUCGAUGUCGACAUCCUCAUUUCGGGACACACACACAAGUUCGAGGCAUUCGAGAACGAGAACAAGUUCUACAUCAACCCCGGUUCUGCCACUGGAGCCUACAGUGCCCUCGAACGAAACAUCAUCCCCUCUUUUGUAUUAAUGGACAUCCAGGCCUCCACAGUGGUGACGUAUGUGUAUCAGCUGAUCGGCGAUGAUGUCAAGGUGGAGAGAAUCGAGUAUAAGAAAUCCUAGAGGAGGAAAGGGAGGAGCGUUGGGUUAGGGAGGCUCAGUUUAUCGUUUCAUUCCUUCCCACCAGGGGGCAGCAGCUCCUUCAGUCACCACAAAAGUUAAUGCUGUAACAAGGUGUUCAGUGACUUAACUCCAGAAGAUCUGUGUAUUAUAUUGUUUAUAAGUCAUCAGCAUUUGCUUAUUUUCCAAGUUGUUAUUAGAAAGUGCACAUGUCACAUGUUUUACUAUCAACAGAUAUAUUUGGUGCCAUUUUCUCUGUUGUUUUUUUUUUUUGUUUUUGAUUUUGUUUUCACCCCAGUAUAUCAUGUACAUGUAACCACCAGGCCCUUAGUUUCCCAAGGUCAGCCUUCUUCAUUUAUUUCCAUAAUAAAGAUCAAAUUUUGUUCCAUCUGUGUCAUGUCAUCAAGAGUUCCAUGGGGUUUGGUUUGGUUUCCUAAAUCAAAAAUCAAUUACGGCCUUUCUGCUUAUAUGGCCUCCCUAUGCAUUGGUUACUGUGGCCUGUUUAGAGCAAUUGGAUCAUGAAUUUGGUUUGAUUUACUAUAUAGGGACAAACACAAAGAUGAGCAAACUUGAACAGACAUCAUUGUGUAAAAGUAUCAAUAAACUUAAAUGAGAGAUGCCCGGUUAAAAUUUGGUGUGGCUUUUACCAUUAGAUGUAUUCUUAAACACCCAUAAGGACCUGUCUUUAAGCUUGGAUUAAUGUAUGGUAAGGACUCAGCUCAAAUCAAAAGGGUAAAACAAUAAGGUAGCGAAAUAACCUUGAUUGUGAGAGUUACCCAUUCCACUGUGAAGAUGCCUAUACACUAAGGAAAAUAGUCUUGAAUUGUCUUACAAACUCCGCCCACUGAAUCACUGGAUUCUGUUAUGAAGCAUUGACAGGUCAGAUGAUGAGAAAUGGUGUGGUUUAUAAGUGAAGUACCUAAAGGGAGCACAACAAACCAUCCCUACACUCCAUUCUUGUAGAAUGAAUAUUGGGUUAUAUUCAAUGGACAUUAAGUAAAAAUAUGUUCAAAUUAUAAGGCAAUAAAAUCAUAUGUGCCAUUUCUCUUCCAAUUCUGUUUUCGUCUAUUAUUAUUUAUUGCUUUUACUUGCAUAUCCAGAGGAAUUAAGUUUUGAAGUAGCUGAGCAAAAGACAAUACAAAUGAAAUCGGGGGCCAGAAAUGUGAAAUUAAUUUAAAACAGAAAAGGCUGAAACUCAGAAAUUCUCAUUUGAGACGAGGAAGGUACAGAUCUGUACAAGUUGAGGCCUGUCCAAAAUGCCAUGCAUGAAAAACACCAUUGUCCUUUUUCUGGCAAGACACGCAAAUUACCGGAAACGCAGCGCCUGCCAGAGGUUUGGUCCAUUUGACACUAGGUGGCAUCAAAGAUUUGUGUGACAAAUAACUCCUUAAUCAAGAUUGAAAACUCUGCUGCUCACUAACUUUAGAAAAGAAAAACAGAAUCACAACCUGGCCCAUAUUUCAGAUAAAGAUAUCUUAUUGCGUUAUUUAUUUAUUUAUUUUUCAGUCAAGAAAGAAACCAGACGUAGAACUAGGAUCCUAAACUCUGCCAAUAUACCAAGUUAAUUAUUAUCACAAAACACAUAAGUGAAAAGAGAAGAAAAAUAAAAGACUGAGGCUGAUCUGUGAUCUGUGGGAAACGAAAUUAUAGAUCUGAGAAGUUGUGGUCAUCCCACUCUCCAAUAGAAAGUGAACUCAAACGUUCACUCAAGGUACUGUCCACUUCUUCCUCCACGUCUUCCUCCUUCUCCAUCUUCCUUACCAUGGCUCCUGACAACAACAGAAAACUCUAAAAUUCAUGAAGGGUUUUCAUCCACAUUAAAUAUUUACAAAGCAGUUAUGUGUACAGCACCUAGGACUAGGUUUGCUCAUUUGUGUUAACUUACUGCCUUGGCUUUUUCUCUUCACGGGUUGUGAUGUUAUUACUUGUUUCUUCCUUUUGUGUUUUGUUGCUAACUUAUUCAAAGGCCUGCAAUGGUAGAAAUACAUGAAAUGUUAAGUGUUUCACUGUUAAUGCGUAAACCUGAUCUUCACUCCCAUCGAUUUGUGAAAUAUAUUAACUAUUUUAGUAAAGCUGCCCGCUGUUUGUUGUUGUUUUUUGCUCUGUUAAACUGUGCUGUUUGCCUCUAUCUCUGCCUGAAUAUCUGUGACAAAAAGGCGCAAAGUCAACAUGGCCCA